AUGGGUCAAGGCCAAUCUGGCAUGGGAGGCGGCGACGGCCGCGACGACAAGGACAAGAAGAAGGAUAAACCCAAGUACGAACCCCCCCCUCGGCCGACGACGCGGGUCGGCCGCAAGAAGAGAAAGGCCGGCGGCACCAGCGCCGCGGCCAAGCUCCCUGCCGUCUAUCCCACGAGCCGGUGCAAGCUCCGACUGCUCCGGAUGCAGCGGAUCCACGAUCACCUUCUGCUCGAGGAGGAGUACGUCGAGAACCAAGAGCGCCUGCGCAAGGCCAAGGCUGCCAAGGAGGGUCAGACCGCCGGCCCCGACGCCGACGUCGACCGGUUAGCCGACGAGCGCGGCCGCGUGGACGAUAUGCGUGGCAGCCCGAUGGGCGUGGGCACCCUCGAGGAGCUCAUUGACGACGACCACGCCAUCGUCAGCAGCACCACGGGGCCCGAGUACUACGUGAGCAUCAUGAGCUUCGUCGACAAGGACCUACUUGAGCCCGGCGCGAGCGUGCUCCUGCACCACAAGAGCGUCAGCAUUGUCGGCGUCCUGACGGACGACACGGACCCCAUUGUCAGCGUCAUGAAGCUUGACAAGGCGCCCACCGAGUCGUACGCGGACAUUGGCGGCCUGGAGCAGCAGAUCCAGGAAGUAAGGGAGUCGGUGGAGCUACCCCUGCUGCACCCGGAGCUGUAUGAGGAGAUGGGCAUCAAGCCGCCAAAAGGCGUCAUUCUCUACGGCGCCCCCGGCACCGGCAAGACGCUGCUGGCCAAGGCCGUCGCGAACCAGACGUCAGCCACGUUCCUGCGCAUCGUCGGCAGCGAGUUGAUCCAGAAGUAUCUGGGAGACGGCCCGCGGCUGGUGCGACAGCUUUUUCAGGUUGCCGGCGAAAACGCGCCGUCCAUCGUCUUCAUCGACGAGAUCGACGCUAUUGGCACAAAGCGCUACGAUUCAACUUCUGGUGGCGAGCGCGAGGUGCAGCGGACCAUGCUCGAGCUCCUCAACCAGCUGGACGGCUUCGACGACCGCGGCGACGUUAAGGUCAUCAUGGCGACCAACAAGAUCGACACACUAGAUCCCGCGCUGAUCCGACCGGGCCGCAUCGACCGAAAGAUUCUGUUCGAGAACCCCGACCAGAACACGAAGCGCAAGAUUUUCAACUUGCACACGUCGAAGAUGAACCUCAGCGAGGACGUGGACCUGGAGGAAUUCAUCUCGCAAAAGGACGACCUGUCCGGCGCCGACAUCAAGGCCAUCUGCUCCGAGGCGGGCAUGCUUGCCCUGCGCGAGCGCCGCAUGCGCGUGCAGAUGGCCGACUUUAGGUCUGCCAGGGAGCGGGUGCUGCGGACCAAGCAGGAGGGUGAGCCGGAGGGUCUGUAUCUGUAG